UUUCCACUCUGUACGUCUUUAUUAAAACGGAUCGAUUGCAUUGCAAUCUGUAUAUGAUUCUUCUUGACAUUUGUUAAAAUACAGUUCAACAACUUUAAUUUCUUUUCUGUAAUUUUGUCUCAUUUCCCCAUGCUUUAAUUAGAGCUUCAUGAAUUUCAACUUAAAAAAUUGAAUCUAUAUUUAUUUAUUUAAUUUUUUGAAUACAAGCAUGAAAUUGGGUUUCCUACUAAUAAGUUCUUCCUUACCAUAACAUCAAAAUAUGCUAAAUCUUGCAAAAUUCCCUCAUGAAAAAUGAACAUCAAUUUGUCAUCCGUUUCAUUACAUUUUGUCCAUUAGCUAUUACCUAAAACCAUUACCACCUUCGUAAAAAAACAGAAAGAGAAGAAGCUUUACAACCAUACAAGUCAGUGUACUCUAAAACCAUGUCCUCUAACCUUGUAUAAAUAUGCUUGCUUCUUUGCUAUGAUCAAGUCAUCAGAAUUUACAAUGAUCUCACAUAACCAUAAACCACACAGUUUAUGGCAAUAUGCUUGCCGAAAUGAAGAAAAACAUGGUGUGACCAAGAAGGGUGGUCGUGGCAAUGAUAGCAUCGGAUCAAUCAUAAAUCAAUUUCGUCAAGAAUCUCAUAAAUCUCUUGAUCUUAAUUAUCCAAUGUUAGAACCAGGUCCCCCUUCUCGACCUUGUUUCCAAUGGCAUGACUUUUUCCAUGAAGAGAUCGGAGUGAGAUGUGAGGAGAAGGAAAGAAAUGGAAGAUGCUUUCCCAUAAUGGCAGGAGAAGGAAAGAGUCCAAAUCUUGAUUUGAGCCUCAGACUCUCACUGCCAGGAUUGCAGCACCAACAGGAUGAAGCAUCAAAACGAGUUGGGAUUUCAUCAAGCCAACGUUCUUGUAUGAUAAUAGACAUGAACUCAAUGAACAGAACCGACAUAACCAAGGUACCUUCACUGGUUUUGAUGGGCUGUGCACUUUGCCUCAUUUAUGUCAUGGUGUCUGAGGUAGAUCCCAAAUGUCCACAAUGCAAGAGAACCGUUUUGGUUGAUGUGUUUCGUCACAGGCCAGCAAAGAAACCAAGGAGGUGUUAGUGUAUACAAAUGCAUGCUAUCUGGCUAUAUAUGCUUUUGAGUUGGAUUUUUUAGUGGGGGAGGCAUAGUGCCAUCUUCUGUUUUUUGCAGCUUUAGGGUUGGUGGGGUUUUAAGUUUGCGUUGUUGUG